CAUAAUCACCAUUUUGUAUGUGUUUUCCUCUUUAUUCUCUGUGAGACUUUAACUACAAUAAAUUAAUUCGUAAUUUAUUAAUUCAUAAUUAGGGAUAACUAGCUUUUCAGCUUUUUAAACGUACAAGUACUGUAAUAUAAAUUGUGUCUUCAUCUCUUUUCAUCGUUUUAUGUGAUAUUUAAGAUUGCAGUUCGUUUACACGCACUUUUAUAACAUAAAUAUACUUCCACAUUAUUCUUCAUUCAUCGAUAACAAUAAAAUUAUUUCAUCUUUUAUCAGACUUUAUUUCGACGAAAGUAGUUACUUAAGUAAUGAGAUUUCCGUUAAUGAGAUUGGAUUAAAUAUUAGCGUUAAUUUUAUACUUUUAUGAACAUCAAAUUUAAAAUGUUUGAAAAUGGCGGGUUAGUUAAAUUAAAUAUCCGAUGGCGCUAGUGGUAUAAAUAAGUGUAUUAUAUAUACCUAAUUUUUUGAAGUGAGAGUUUAAUAUUAUAAUUUAUGUAUAAUUUAUGUAUAUUACGAGAUAAAUAUUGCAAUUGAAGCAAGAAAUGCUUUGCGUCAUUAUAUUGCAAAUAAUCGUCAAUAUGGAUUCUUUGGUAAUCAUUAGUAAACGGUAUUUUACGUAUCAAUUCGUUUAGACGUAAGUUAUUCAAUAUGAAUAUUGAUAGUUUAUAUUAAUUGUUUAUAUGUGCUUAUAAAUAAACGUUACUAUGAUGAAACUCUCAUAAAUUACUUUUAUAUAAAAAUUUAUUGCAAUUAAUUGUUGUGUUUGAAAUAUAUUGCUCUUUACACUACCUGAAAACAUUAUGGAUAUAGUAAUAAAGCUAAAUGAGCAAACAAUAGGCAGAGACAGAAUUAUCAGAUUGCUACAAUAUGGAAGCAGAGCUUAUUGGUAUUAUGGUCAGAAUAUUCGUAGUACACAACAUUCUGCAGAAGUCUUAAGAAGUUUAGAAUAUACAUUUAGUUCCUUUAGAAAAUUGUUACGUCUAGGGAGAUGUUUGGACAGUUUAUAUUCUGCUUUAAAAAUGAUGAAAUAUCCAGAUCUAACUAUAAGAGCUAUUUUGACGCUAUCAAAAAUUGCCAAUGCUCUAUUCUUAUUAACAGAUCAUAUAAUUUGGGUCGGCCGUGUGGGAUUAUAUAGGGUUAAUAUUGAAAAAUGGAGCAAAAUAUCUAAUAAGUAUUGGUUAAUGGGUAUUAUAAUGAAUCUAAUAAGAGAUAUUUAUGAAAUCAUAAAAAUUUUUAAACAUAAAAAAGAGAGUGUAUUAAUGAGGACAUCAAAGUUCUCAUAUCAUUUAUGGAAUCAAUGUAAAUUACUCUAUCAUUUAAGAAAUCACAAAGAUGUUGUAAUGGAUACAAUUAAAAAUGGAUGUGAUUUGUGUAUUCCUCUAACAGCACUAGGUUUUACCAAAUUUACCCCUGGAACAAUUGGUAUACUUGGUGUGGUAUCUUCAAUUGUAAGUCUGUAUACAUUAACUUAUCCUCUGUAUAAAUUAAGACCAACUUAAAAUUAAUUGACAUAAUUAUUUGUUAUGUACAUGAAUAUGAUUACAAAGCAUUUACUCAAAUUAAAGGAAGUAUAUCAUAAAAAUUAAAUUAAUAUUUUUUUAUGGAUUUUCAUGAUUUUUAUACAUAUUUGAUAUAUAUUUUUACUAUGUAUCUAAAAAACUAUAUGUUACUACACUGUGAUACUUAAAUAACUAUUUUGUGACCAAUUUUU